AUGUUAGAUAAAAUAUCGCAUAAAAUUACGGCGAUCAAAGAUGACAUCGCUGGUGCUGUGAAAGAACGAAGUCGGUCGAUAUCGUUCGAUCGGCAUCUCUCAAGUAUGGCCAAUGCGGAUUCAUCGUGUCAAGAUGAAUCAACACCAACACCAAAACGGAUGACACAUCUAUUGAAAACUUCAGGCAACGCUGGAUCAUCAUUAUCACUUGGCCCAUCGACCCGUCAGUUGAAUGAUCAAUCACCAUCCCAUAAAAGUUCUACUGGUGUUAAACCAAGCCCUCUCAGUUCGUUCAGUUUAUCGCCCGCCAAUUCAUCACAACUAAUUAACUCGAACGCGAGCAUUCCAUCUUUGUUCAGCACGCUUCGACAUUCACAGCAGAAGCUCGCAUCAAUUGAAGAUGUUUCCACUCCAACAGACGAGUCAAGUAACAAAACAGAUCCAAAUGAAAUGACGACGAAACAAAUAAAUAUCCUCGUCCCACAGGAUUCUGUGAAACGAUCAGCACUGCAUCUCGGUGGACCGAAAUUUCGUGUUAAUAGUAAAGAACUUCCAAAGAACAAGUCGAUCAUUCAUAGUAAUAUGACUUUCUCCGUGCCAAUCACCGUUGGUAUCAUCUCUCUUGUGAUCACAUUAUGGAAACCGAUCUCCUCGUAUCUAUCCGGUUUUAUUGUUGGUUGCCUAUUUGCUCUCGCACUUGUGUACAUACGGAUUCGAAUGAUAAUCAAGUCCAAGGUUAAAGAAAUUGUUGUCGAAGAAUGGAUCGAUUUUCCUACACUCGAUUCUCUACUGGCGAAAAUCGACAAGGAAGAUAAAAACACGAACAUUCGAGUGACUGGUGCUUACAUGAGCUUUCAAAGUUACAACGCUGAUCGUGAUGAAGACUUCGUUCGCUACCCAUGUGAUGUUCGUCUCGAUGGAUAUCGUCUGAUCAUUCAACUAGCAAGCAAACAAUGGACGGAUGAGAAGAAAUCCGAGAAAGAAACGAAAUUUCUUGGAUAUCGAGAAUAUCUUGUUAAAGAGGCUCGAAUGAUUCUUGUACCAGAAUUGACAUUGACACGUGCGAAGUAUUGGAUGAAUGAUUAUCCGAUAGUCAUACGAAAUUUACAGAUACUCGAUAAACAAAUCUUUAACAAACAACAAAUCGAAAAAGCCAAAGGGCUUGUCAAUGAUUUUUUUACUAAUAACGCGACGAUUAUCUCCAUUUGGUUUGAAACAGGUCCACAGAAGGAAGAAUGGUUUCAUAAACUUUCAUUAGUACUACGAAAAGGGAAAGAAGAUAUUCAACGAACGAAUCAUCUCCUUGCAAGCAGUAGUGGAUCCCAGUCGUCACUGAAUCGUCGAUACACUCAAACUGAGUCCGAACCUGAGCUUCCAUCGAAUUCUGUGAUCGAUGCUCAAAUAAUUGCCGAUGAGCUACAACAGAAAACCAAAAAAAACGACGCGGAUAAAGAUAAUACUGGCACUCAUCGAACUAUUGCUCGUAAAUCUGCAGAAUCUAUUCCGAAUGAAACUUGUUUAACAAAAGUUCUUCAAACACCUGAGUGUCUCGAUGAAGCAGCGAUAACAAUUAAUUUUCUCACUCGUCGACUUCUCUGUGAUAUGUUUGAUACUUCAAUUUUGAAAGACUUACUAAAGGAGAAAAUCGAAAUGAAACUGAGAGAACUCGCUGUAUCGAUUUUGGAAAAUCUUCGUGUGGUAUCAAUCGAUCUCGGUAAUACAUUUCCAAUUAUACUCAAAAUCGAACCAAUGCAAUGGAAUACGCAAGGCAUCUGGUUUAAUCUAUUUUUAUAUUAUCGCGGUAGUUUUAAGCUAUCGGUGAGAACUCGUGUUGUUCUGCAAAAAUUGAUCAAUUAUGAUCCGAAAAAGGACAAACCAAUAUUUGCUCAACAUCAAUCUGCUCAAAAUGUUCGUAAAGAUGAUGACAAUGAUCUGAUUCAACGGCAAAAACUUCUGGCUAAAGAACCUGAAAUUCCUGAAAUGGCAGUUACGCGAAAACUCGGCACAGCCCUGACAAACUUGGCAUUGAACAAAUAUUUCCAGUUCUUUGCCAACAUUCCAUUCGUGAAAAAUUUAUUCCAAAAAUUUUCCGAACAAGAAGUAGGAGCGGAUGUGGAAGUAACUAGUUUCAGUGGUGUUCUGACGCUGAACAUUCCACCACCACCAAGUGAUCGAAUUUGGGUGGGUUGUCCCGAGAUGCCUGACUUGAAUAUUAAAGUCACACCGACAUAUGGUGAAAAACAGUAUUCCUACACAUUACUGCAAGAUUUUCUCUCGGCAAAAAUCCGAUCUGAGUUAAAACGUUUAAUCGUUCUUCCAGCUAUGGAUGAUCAACUUCUACCUUUCUUUCGUGAUUGGGCUAUUGAUGUUAUUGGUGAAAUUGUAUCUAAACCUGUGAAUCCCUUCACAGACGAUUACAAGGCAAAAUUAAACGUUCAUACAGCUGUUCGUGAAGGCCUACAAGAAUAUAAAAACGCGCGAAAUAUGGCGCGACCUACAACGAUUUCCUCGCUCUUUCCAGAAUCUUAA